ACUCUUGUACCCGCCUCGGUUUCAACGGCCUUGUCUGACUCUACAUAAUCUACGACUUCCAGAUCAACUAGAAGUGGCAUUUUGCGCGGCUGUCUCUCAAACUCUCAAUAACAAAUACAUCAGCUACCAUGGGUGCCAAGGUCCCAAGGAACUUCAGGUUGCUGGAAGAGCUGGAGAAGGGCGAGAAGGGUCUUGGAGCAGAGGCAUGCUCAUACGGUCUUGCGGAGGGUGAUGACCUUCUCAUGUCGAACUGGAACGGGACAAUCCUGGGGCCCCCUCACAGUGUGCACGAGAACAGAAUCUAUUCGUUGAAGAUGCACUGCGGCGAUGACUACCCCGACAAGCCACCCUCGAUCCAAUUUAUCAGCGAAAUCAACCUCCCUUGCGUCAACCCAAGGAAUGGACAGGUCGAUCCCUCCAAGCUGCCAUGUCUGGCUCAGUGGAAGAGGGAAUAUACCAUGGAGACCGUUCUGAUCGAUCUCAGAAGGUAUAUGGCACACCCAGCACACAAGAAGAUUCCUCAGCCGGCCGAGGGUUCAACAUAUGCUUUAUAAAUAUGAUUUCAGGCUACUAUGCCGAAGCACUGGCUGUAGCUGGGUUCUCAGGGUGUUGGAUUGUUGCCAUUUCUUCUUUUUGCAGGUGCAUCAGCGUGGCGAAACUGGUUGGCAAGCGUAAACGAUCUCAUGAGAUAGCAACUAAACAGAGCUAACAUCAAUAAGCCAUGAC